GAUAAUAAACGUCAUUCAAGUGAAUGAAGAGAGGUGCGCCUGCUCUAACUUGCAGUGAUAAAUUGUCGGAAAAACCUUGGACGAUGCGAAGAUCAUUAUUAUAUUGUGUCUGAAUUGCAAUAUAGUAUCUGUACACGCGUUUUCGUGAAAAUAGUGAACUAUUCAACCGUGAUAAUUAUAAACAGUGGACAUGAGCCACCCUCGAAGUGAUGUCAACAUAUGCACGGCGGCGCAGCUGAGAGUGAUGUUGCCGACGUCUGUGGAACAUAGUAUGCCUCCGCCGUUUAUCGAUAUAAAUAAUAUCCAUGAUAUACCACCUCCUCAAGCGGACUUCUCAGCGCCACCCCCUUAUGAUGUGGCUGCAAACUCCAAACUCCCUACAUAUGAGGAAGUUCAGAGGGAAAAACAGAUGGAGGGGGAAGACCUGCCACAGAUGCAAGGCCCCCCUCCCAACCACCCGACGUUUGCGGCCUUCGUAACGGUAGAGCCGACCGAGGGUUCAGCUGAACAACUGGAUCCCGAGAACAGUUUACUUGGCACAGACAUCAUGUUCUUAACAUCAUUUUUUGUGGCAUUCCUAUUCAACUGGAUCGGUUUCCUGCUCCUGAUGUGUUUCUGUCACACGGUGGCGAGUCGCUACGGUGCUCUGGCCGGCUUUGGACUCUCUCUCGCUAAAUGGACACUCAUUGUCAAACACUCCACCGAGCUGGCGUCUCACGAGAACUCCUGGCUCUGGUGGCUUAUUAUGGCGUUUGGUAUCUUAAUCUGCGUUCGUGCUAUCAUCCAGUACCUGAACAUCAAGCGCGGCUGGCGUCUACUCUCCGGCACGGCUCAAGAGCGACUGCUCUUCUUCUACUAAACCGCACGCUUUUGUUUCACUCACACUCGCAUCUAAGCUGGUAGUGCGACAAGGAUGGAUAUAUGUUUCUCGUUUAGAUUGUAAUGUCGUCAUAGUAAAGCGUAAAGACGUAAGAUGUAUCCUUCAUUGCAAGUUGUCUUGCCCUUUACGUUGAAGCUAUUGGUAUGAAUCUAUGAUAAAAAAGUAAAUUGAUUGUUUAGAACAUGCUUAGUGAAUGUUUAAGGAAUAUCAGUAACGUAUAAGGACAUCUACUUACUUCUAAAUCCGUGUUAUCACACAAUUGAUCGACACUCGGAGAUUGUAAUGACCUACUAGAACCAUCUAGUGUCGAAGGAUGGAACUAUUUUAAAAAACAGCGCCAUCUCUCUUUCGUAUUAGACAAAAUGGUUCUAGUACGUCUAAUACAACCUCUGUCCGGAUUGUUAGCAUCACAGAGUUGUGUUUCAAAGACAUGAUAAGCCAAUAUUUUACUGUGUAGAUAUAUUUUUAAUUUAUUAUUAUAAGUAGCUCAGCUUUAGUCUUAUAUUUGAGCAGAUAUUUUUUAUAUAUGCAAGUUUGAUCGGGCUGAUUGUGAAAGAAUAGGGAUGUUUCACCGAUGUGAAGUUUAUUGGUAAAUAAAUAUUCGGGUACUUAUUUUGUAUAGCACUACUAAAUGGUUAAAUAAUUACAUUUAAUCGGAUUUUAUUAAGUUAAUUAACUCGAAUUAUAUUUUUUCGAUCGUGUGAAAUCAUUCCGUGGGUGUAAAGUGCACUAGUUAAGUGUAGAGUUGUUAUUGUUAUAUUUCUAAGCUAAAGCACGCCGUCGUUGUUCGAACUCAUUUCAACAAUUUUCAUAUUUACUUCAUGAUGCGUCCAUUUCUAGCGAUCAUCGGCGGAAUCAGCGCAUUCCCCUGAUGUGGCGACACUAAAAUAUUUCCCAUGUUAGUAGCCCAUGUAAGUGAAAAGUUAUUUGAUCUUAAAAUAUUUGUUUCAAGAGACUUUCAAUUUUAAUGUAACUAAAUGAUAUUGCAUUUUGAAAAUCAAUGUUGAUUGUAAAAAGAUAUGUAUAUUUUUGCUUACAUAAUCCCCAUUAAGGAGUUACCUUAUAAAGAUUUUUAUUGCCUUUUUUUUUCUUCAAAGUUUUCAUCAAAGGCGAGAUUUAUUCGGUUGAUAUGAUACGAAGGUGCUAGUGCUAAAAACCUUUGUGCUAGAUCUGAAUUUAUUUGUACAUCAAUAAAAACAACAAAUUGGUAUGGUUAGCUUUAGAUAUUGCUAUAUUUGAUCACCGACGGAGUGUUGGUAAAAUAAAAUUUAUCAUAAAUUAAUUAAUUGAUAAGUAUCCAAUCAAAGGCGACGUCUGUUAGACCCACUGAUCUCGGUAUUUUUUAUUUAAUUCAGUUUUAAGUGAAUUGUAAUAGGGAUGAUGACGGGGCACGAUUAAAAAUAUAUUUAGUCCGUCAGUUAGGUAAUGAAAAAAUAUUAGACAUGUAUUUUUUUAUUUUGUCAUAUAACAUGACAAUACUUAGAUUGGCAAAUACGUCAUGUCUACGUAUAAAAUGUACCCAGAAGUGAUGUCACGCGAAAUUUUAAAUCGAUUUAUCUUUGAAAGUAUUUGUUUUCGUAAGAAAAUAAAAAUACGUGUCUAAUAUUUUAAAAUAAUCUACAAGACGGACAUUAAAAUAAAAAUUAGUCAUCUACCCUUUUGAUGCUAGAUAUUCAAAUGACAACAAUUGUGUCUCUUGACUUCAUGCUAUAAUUUAUUUUUCUUUCAAUAUAAUGACAUCAAUAUAAACAAGCCUGUUCGUAAUAAUAUAAGUUUAAACUUAGAGAACACGAUUUCUUUUUUUAUUUAACUUUUUUCUAAGUGAAUGGACCAUGGGUCUAACAAACCUCGCCCUGGUAAUAUGUGUAUAGAGCAAAAAUGGUGACUUUGAGCCGCGAUAUUAACAGCUAGUCUGUAUUUCUAUACGUUAUGAAGCAUAUAAGCAACUACUUUAUUAGUUAAAGUCUGAAGGUUUUAAAUAAUGAAGUGGUUACCUUAUACAUAUAAUAAUGUGCUUUACCGAUCCCUUUUAAAUAUACAUUAUAAUAAUAUUGUACAUUCGCACCAAGUAAUAAGGUUUAAAUUGCAAUGAUUUGCGAAAAUUGUAUACGUUAGUUUCUAAAUUCCUUUGAUUUAUAACAUUUACUUGUAUUACAACGAUCUAAAAUUGUAAAGUAUUUAUUUUGUUUUCUAAAAUAAUUAAACAACGUAGAGGCUAAUAAAAA